AUGAUGAAGGAAGACGCAACGGGAAAGAAGAAUGAACCAACGAAUAAGAAGGAAGGAGCAAAAGAAGAAGGCGCAGCACCAAAACACAUACGCGUUGCUUAUUCAGACAAAAGAAGAACAAAAAUAAUCUACGUCGUGUCCGGUUUAGCAGUUUUACUCGUAACCUGUGUUCUUGCCGUUGUCUUCAGCCUCGUAGCUAUCCAACCGCGAGUUCCAAGGUUUGUGCUCGAAGAUCUCUACGUUGAUGAUGAUCACCUCUCCAACUCAAGUGUAAUAGUGAAACUGUCAUCGACCAACCCAAGCUACAAGACUAGUGUUUACUACAGCAAUAUGAAUCUACACAUGCGAGUCAGGAAAUUUUUUGACUAUGAGACAGAGAGCGUUUCCUUGGAAAGCAAGCUUCAGGAGCCACGCGAAGAUGUCACGUGGACAGCUGUUGUAGCAAACGAUAACGACAACGUUAGGCCUAUCGGGGCUUUUAAGGGGAGAGACGGGAAGGCCGACGGUGAUGUUAUUGCAGAUAUGAAGAUACAAUGGAAGAGUAAGAUCUUCAGGUCACCAAAGUUUGGUCUGCGAGUCACAUGUUCGGUUUUGGUCAGAUUGAAAGAUUUAAGCUCCGCAGAUACCAAACUAAAGUCUGCUUGCUCUCAUCAUCUUAUAUAA